AUGGUCUUUGAACCUGCUGCCCCGCCAGCCAGCGAGCUGGCGCGUUAUCGCAUUCUGUCGCCCCGUUGCAGUCUGCGCGUAUCGCCUAUCUGGAUCGGCGGCAUGUCGUUCGGCGAUAGCGACUGGGCAUCAAUCCUGGGAAAGAUGGAGAAGAGUGCCGUUUUCGAGUUGCUUGACUACUAUAGAUCACAGGGCGGGAACUUCAUCGACUUAGCAAAUGCAUACCACAAUGGGCAGUCCGAAGAAUGGUGGACAUACGACACAACUAUCGAAGAAGUCAUGACAUAUCUCAAUGAUCUUGUCACAGCAGGCAAAGUCACUUAUCUAGGAAUAUCCAAUACGCCAGCCUGGAUCGUCAGUAAAGCCAACCAAUAUGCACAAGACCAUGGCUUGCGUCAGUUCGUUGUUUACCAAGGCCGCUACUCUCCACUCAACCGCGAACUUGAACGUGACAUAUUCGGGCUCUGCGAGCACGAUGGUAUGGCGAUGGCUCACUGGGGAGUCUUAGGCCAGGGCUCUUUUGGCAAUCAGCCCCCUAAUUCAGGCAACACCGAUCGCAGGACCAUGGUGGCAGACGAAGAACGUCUCACUCGAGCAAGAGACGUCAUUGGCAAAAUCGCCAAAGCGAAAAGUCAGCAAACGAAGACGGACGUCAGCAUGGCAGGCGUUGUCAUCGCAUGGGCAAUCAAGAAAGCACCCUACUCAUACCCCAUCAUCGGCAUGCGUUCAAUUAAUACCUUGAAAGCCAACAUUGCGGCUCUGAGCAUUUCCCUCACAGAAGACGAAAUGAUUGCCAUCGACGAUGCCGCCGCUGGUGAUCCGAUGGAUCGCGGCUGGCCAGGGAACUUCGCUGCUCCAACCGUCACACAUGGUCAGAUCAAAGGCCCAUGGGAUCUGUGGUUCACAAGCACCGAAUGUCACAUCGUUGGGCAAUGA